CUGUCAUCCAACGCCACAAAUUCACAGGAUCACAAAGCCGCUUGCUGAGUGACACCGGCCGGCAACCGAGUGCCCCUCGAUGGCCAGAUCAAGCAGCCGGCGACCAAAAAAAGCCGAAGCGCCAAGACGUGAAGCUCUUGGGGUUUACCGUACCCGAACCCUGAGGCAUCAAAGUGGGAGGUCGGAAAAAACUCGGCUGCUAGCCCAACCGUCCCAAAAAGUGCAGGCACACAGUUCCCCGUCGCGACAAGGAGAAGCAGCUCCGUCCCAGUCUUGAGACCCCGACUCAAGAAUAGAAUCUCGCCCGCUAUGCCGCCCCGAAUAAACAUCCCGCCGGUAACCCGGAUUGUGCUCAUCGUGCUGGGCCUACAGUCGGUGUUGAGCGCAGCAAUCCGGUACCGGCAGUGGACGGCAAACUCGGAGAUUGUUAUCCCCUACCUCAACCUCAUCCCGCAACUAUCGCUAGUCUACCCGUGGACAUUCCUGACAACGACACUCGUCGAGAGUAACGUCUUCACCCUAUCUAUCGCCUGCGUCACCCUUUAUAAUGGCGGUCGCUACCUCGAGCGCGCAUGGUCCUCGCGCGAGUUUGCCAAGUUCCUGCUCGUUGCCGCCGUCGUUCCCAACGCACUAUGCUUUGGCACCUCGAUCUUGUUGUUUGCCUUGACACGCAACGAGCGAUGGACACUCAUGACCAUUGCUGGGACCAUCUCCCUCCAAAUAUCCUUCCUCGUCGCUUUCAGCCAGCUCGUCCCCGCGCACACAGUGACCCUCUUCCGGGGACUUGUCUCGCUACGCGUUCCCCGCUUCCCGCUGCUCUACAUCGGCCUUGUCACCGCCCUCUGCCUCACACCCAUGCUCACGGCCGCCUCAUUUCUCCUUGCCGUCUACGGCUUCUUCGUCAGCUGGACAUACCUGCGUUUCUACAAGGUCGCCUUCCCCGACCUCGACACUUCACAACCGAGUUCCCUCCGCGGCGAUGCCAGCGAUACCUUCGCCAUCGCCGAGUUCUUCCCGAGCCCCGUCCGCCCCCUCAUCGCAUCCAUUUCGGAGCAGGUGUUCAACGUGCUCGUAGCGAUGCGCCUGUGCGUGCCCUUCAGCCAAGCCGACAUCUCCGCCGCCCGCGGCGACCACCACCACACCUUCACACAUCGCGGCGCCCCGGGGAGCGCCCGCGCCGAGGCCGAGCGGAGGAGAGCGCUUGCGCUCCGGGCCCUCGACCAGCGCCUGCACGCCGCGACGGCGACCGCUGCUGCGCGCGCGCAGAGCGCCCCAGUGCCGCCCGCCGUUGCGCCGCCUAUCCCUUCGGCAACAGGACCGACCGUCCAGAGCCAACCGCAGGCCCCGCCGCCAAACGCCAUGACGGCGCAAGCGACCGGGGGAAGUGGGAUGCUGGGCGAGACGAAUUACAACCCGGACGCGGACGCGGACAGGAACGGACCGUAAAGAAUGCUUGCUUUCUUCUUUCGCA